AGCCCUCUUGUAUUAAAACACUUUAUAAAAAUAAUAUAAAAACCAACUUUGACCUCGAUUUUAUAUUGAUUUUAGGAAGCUUUUUAGCUGAACAUCUGCAUAAAAACGCGAAAGAAUAGUCAAUUUCUUUAAAAAUCAAGUUGACACAGACUUUAGGGUGAACAAUCUUCAAACUUAGCUUACGUAUCUUGUUUAGUUUCCGAAAUCGGGCUAUAGUUCCAAGACACUCAUUUUAAAGUGGAUUUACAUCAGUGAUUGCUCAGUGAUUGCUCAGUGUAUCAAUCAAAUUAGAGAUAGCAUUAUUGAGGCAAUACUUCCGAAAUUCCCACACAUUACACGACUCAUUUCCAAGCCACUUACCAUGGUUCGGUUAUCGGUGAAUGCGAUGAAAGCCACCUGUCUGUGGGUGUGCAAAAAAAAGAGAGAUAACUACGACUAUGUUGGCCAUUGUCUGCGCCGUGAAUCCGCGUAUCAAUCACCGAUCAGAUUUCAAUCACCUUCCGCUGAUAUAUGACGGCCGAUAUAAGCCAUUCGUCUGGCCGUGAACACCAGCCAGCUCAGUCGACGGUCGCAACUCGGGACGAAAAGAUGAGCGGGAACAUGGCGAAGGACCAAACGCAGAAGGCGGAUAGUCAACCGCUGCUGGUGGCCAAAAUAGUCGCCAUUGUGGUGCUCGUGGUGAUCACCGUGCUCUGCGGCAGCCUGCCGUACGUCCUGAACAGGUGCUUCGAGUGGACCAAGAAGAGUCCAGAGGAGACCCGGUCGUCGGCGGUGGUGCGCUGCCUGCUCUUCUUCGGCGGCGGCGUGCUCAUCUGCACCACGUUCCUGCACAUGCUGCCCGAGGUGAUCGAGGUGGUGGACGCCCUCCAGGUCUGCGGUUCACUCGCCCAGACGCCCUUCGCCCUGGCGGAGAUGCUGCUCUGCACGGGCUUCUUCCUGAUGUACGCCCUGGACGAGCUGAUGAGCAACUUGGUGCGUCGCCACCAGCGGAAGCUCAGCCGGAAGGAGUCGGUGGCCAGUCGCGCCUUCGAAAGAGGACGCAGCAUCCGGCACAGUGUCCUGCUUAGGAGUGAAGAGAAGGCGACCCGCGAACAGGAAGUGAAAGAGAUGGAGCCCCAGCCGCCAAAGGAUCACCACGGCCACUCGCACAUGCCCGUGGCAUCCGGCGAAGGGUCUUCUGCCAGGGGUUUGGGCAUCAUCCUGGCCCUGUCCCUGCACGAACUGUUCGAGGGCAUGGCCAUUGGACUGGAGGGCAGUGUGAGCACGGUGUGGUUCAUGUUCGGAGCGGUGGCCGCCCACAAGCUGGUGCUGGCCUUCUGCGUGGGCAUGGAGCUGCUGGUGGCCCGCACCCGCGCCUCGCUGGCCAUCGUGUACCUGGUGACCUUCUCCAUCGUCACGCCCAUUGGCAUCGGCGUGGGCCUGGGCAUCAGCCAGCAGGUGGCGGCGGGGCAGCCCAGUCUGCCCUCCGGAGUCCUCCAGGGCAUCGCCUGCGGAACCCUGCUGUAUGUGGUCUUCUUCGAGAUCCUCACCGAGAGCCACGCUGGAUGGCGGGCACUUAUCGCCGCCGUGGCGGGAUUCUCCCUGAUGUUCGGCCUGCAAAUUCUUUCCGACGAAGCGGAGGGCGAUGAUAGCCUCACUUGUUCCUAGGCGUUACCUCACCAAUUCAGUAUUGUUCUAUUUAAAAUAUUUUGCAGUAUAUGUGUAUUUAUUAUAUGUACUAUUAUUAAACAAAAUGUAAA